AUGGAGAGCCGCGAUGGAGGCAGCAUGUCUUACGAAAGAUAUACUGUUGCGGUGGUAUGUGCCAUGAGCAUGGAAAUGAGCGCUGUUCGUUACAUGUUGGAUAAAGAACACCCUCGCCUUCAGCAAAAACAGGGAGAUUUCAAUACUUACCUUGCAGUCAAAGGCAAGGGCUCUGCCGCGACGGUCGCAAACAACUUGGCCCGCACGUUUCCUGCUAUUACUCCCCGGUUUCUUAUCGGAAUAGGCGGCGGUGUGCCGAGCGAGAGAAAUGAUAUUCCUCUGGGCGACGUGGUUGUGAGCAUGCCAAACGGAGAGUACGGUAGCGUUGUUCAGUAUGGUCCAGGCAAGGAGACUGAUGGUGGCUUCGUUCUCAAGGGCUUCUUGUGGCCUCCUCCGCCUUUGCUGCGGAGUGCAGUUGAGAAUAUGCGGUCUGAUCAUCUUGUCAGUGAUAACAGAAUUGAAGAACUCAAGCAGCCUACUUGUGACCAAUGUGACCAUCAGAGAGCUAUCCAGAGACAAGAUCGCGAGUUUCCUGGUCCCCAAAUACACUACGGGUUGAUUGCAUUUGGAGACAGAGUCAUGCGUACUACAAACGGCACUGCCAGGACAGGUUUCGGCGGUGUGCCCUGGUUUGAGAUGGAAACAGCGGGAUUGAUGACCGAAUACUCUUGCAUCAUCAUCCGUGACAUCUCUGAUUACGCCAAUUCCCACAAGAACGACGGCUGGCUUCACUAUACUGCUGCGAAGGCGGCUGCAUGUACAAAGGAGCUGCUGUCAUAUUUACAACCUGGUGAAAAUCCUCUCUACUUCGCAAAUCCAAGUACCUCACGUAUGGUGUAA